CUUGCUAAAGGUAACGUUUUCUAUUGGAGGUGUUUAUUCUUGAUAGGAUUUAAGGCUUGGGUUUUCAUUCACCUUUUCUUGUUUGCUUUAGCUGAGGUCAAAAUUUUGGAAGAGUUGAGCUUUGAGAUUAUUUCCAAAGAGCAGUUAUUUGUAGCCAUAUUUUCACUUCUCAUUUAUUGCAGCUCUUUGGAAAAGAAGAAAAGAGGAAGAUUGUAUCAAUUCUUUUUCUGCCAGUUCAAGGAGCAAGACAAUUCCUUUAUGCUCGGAUCAAAAGGAUUCUUUGCAAGUGACUUCUUUUGCUUUUUAUCUCUUGAUUUAAAGCUGCCAAGGAUGUAUUCUUCCGCUCGACCAUCUGGACUUGUUGGAGCAUCUUCAGCUGCGAUAGCUUCCAAAGAGUAUUCGGGAAACAAUUGGGAUUCCCUCAGUGUGGUGCAGAGGAUGAACUUCACUGAGUCAAAUAGAAUGUCCUCCUACUGCAACAUCAGGUUAACGCAAGAUCAAGAACUCAAUGAUUUGGCUGCUGGUGCUGCACCCUCUCACAAUGGAAGAUCUCAUGAAGACAUGAAGUCCAUUGACGAAGGUUACAAGAGGAAAAUUGCAGCUGGAGGUGGACAGUUACCUUUCCACUCUCAAGGAAAUAAUAAUUUUCAAAAUGUGAAGGCUGAAAUGCAGCAACAUGUUUCACUCGAGCGUUUCAGAGAUCCUCCAGGGAAAGAUGAGAAGAAGCAGAAGAAUGAAUUGAGCCCUGGAAGCAGUAAAAAUGGCAGAGUUUCUGAGAAUGCUGAUGCUUCAAAGAAUGAUUCUAUCCAUGUCAGGGCCAAGAGAGGCCAGGCCACCAAUAUUCACAGCCUUGCAGAAAGAGUUAGAAGGGAAAAGAUCAGUGAAAGGAUGAAACUUCUUCAAGAUCUUGUCCCAGGAUGCAACAAGGUAAUAAAUGGCAAGGCUUUGAUGCUGGAUGAGAUAAUCAACUAUGUACAGUCAUUGCAGCGCCAAGUCGAGUUCCUUUCAAUGAAGCUUGCGGCUGUCCAUCCGGAAAUGAACUUUGAUCUCGACCAAAUUCUUCCAAAAGAUGUCCUUCAAUCGUGCUACAGCGGAUCGUCUGUUGUUGCAUUUGGACCAGGAAUGAGCGACUUCAAUUCUGUCUUGUAUGCUUCCACCUAUCAAAGAAUCACUCAACCUGAGAUGCCUUACGUUGCCUAUAAUUCAGAGGAUUUGCAGCAUUCUCCCUUGUUACAUGUCUCACAACUGUCUCAGAAUCUACCAAGUCCAUGGCAGGAUGAGCUCCACAACACGAACACUGUUCCAAGUGAAGCUGCCACAGACCAAAUGCAUUGGUAGGUGCAUUCAUGGAAGUUUUUUGAUGGCAGAGCCCGUGAUGCAGUGAAGGUACAAAGAUUAAAACUUUAGUUCCUGUUCUUCGUCUGACAACAUCCAAGUGAGUCGCUUUCUUCUGCGCUGUAGGAUCCAAGUAAUCUCCUUGUGACCAAGAACUACACAAAAGGUUGCUGAUGGCUCAAAGAUCACAUGGGAAAAGAUAAAAAAAAUAAAGGAAUAGCAUCUGGGAGCUCGUCUUGAAUGUCUUGGCCUCUGCGAUUAACAGAGCAUAUCCAUCCCCACAGGCCAUAGCAUAGCAUAGCAUAGCAUGAGAAUUGAGAGUGGUCCUAGAUUGAUUGGUCAUCAUCUCAGAUAUGGUCAGAGAUUAUAUGGCUUUCUUUCCCAGACGCAAAACCGUUGCAUUGUUGAGCUUCAAAAUAUCUUGUUUCUGUUUUACAUUUGACUCUAGAGAAAUGCUCAAGAAUCUUCUUUGUUCACCAUAAAAAGUACAAUAUGUCAUCGAAAGAGAAGUUGAAUUACUCAAUUAAUUGGGCAUGCA